AUGAGUCCUCGUUUGGGUUCGUUAUUCGCAAACAGGGGGUCGAGAGCCUUUUAUGGCUCUUCCUACUUUGGACACCAAGUAGCGGCUAGGAUACUGAGCGAAGAGGGUCAGGAUCUCCCGUCAGGGAUCUCACGGGGUCGUGACACGCUGCAGUCUUUUCGGGAUGAAUCCAGCUCUUUUGCCCAAGUUUGGGACCUACUCGGUCUGUUGCCUCGUCAGAAGUCGACGGUUGAUCGGCUGGUGAACAUUUUCCUGGCCGAAGUGAACUGGUCUUUGGAUGCGGUUCACGAGGCGACCUUUAGGAGCAGCUAUGACGAGUUUUGGGGAAGGCGAUUUGGAUUUGACGAUCUGGCCAACGUUGAUCUUCGCUGGCUGGGACUUUUAUUCAUAAUACUGGCAUUCGGAGUGCUGCUCGAUACUCCACCGCGUCUGACAAUGGAUGUUCAGCGAGAGCGAGAAGAGGCAUCUCUACGAUUUUACUGGGCAGCCAGGAGAGCAAUUGUUAUUGCUCCCUCAUUUUACGGAGAAAGCACCGAUAUUGUACGGGCAGGGCUUCUGGUCACUCGCUAUCUUCUUCACACUCGGCGAGUUUCGGAAUCAUGGCUGACAAUCGGCUUUGCUUCACGAAUGGGGCAAGCCCAAGGAAUGCAUGUUGACGGUGAAAGAUGGCGCAUGUCGCGGAAAGGCACAGAGCAGCGGAGACGACUUUGGAGCCACAUAUACGCCAUCGAUCGUAUGAUAUCCCUCGCAUUAGGCCGGCCCUAUGCUAUCAAUGACGAAUUUUGCCUGACACACGAGGCUGAAAACGUGUGGCUGGAUGACUUGGAGGAUGAAGAAGCUGCUCGCAUUGCUCCGCAGCCGCUCAAUCUACCAACGCCGAGCGUCCUGACAUUCCUACUCUAUCGACUUGCAAAGGUCAUUGGCAAGAUUCAAGAGAAAUGCUUCGGGUUGGAGAGAGCCAGCUACGAAGCCGUACUUCAGCUGGAUGCCGACUUGGUCAUGUGGAGCGAAGAGCUUCCGCCAUAUUUCAGCCUAGACAACCCAGACACUGCAGGAGACGAGGCCCUUCCAUUUCUCCCGUGGCACCGACUCUAUCUACACACAUCAUUUCACUUUGCAAGAAUCAUCCUACAUCGGCCAUUUUUGCUCCGGGAGUCCAUCACGGAUCGAUUUCGGUCGAGCCACGAGGCGUGCAUGUCAUCAGCGCUGGCAGAUUUGAAAAUCAGGCUUCGCACGAUGAAUAACACGACCGCGGACAACCUGCGGUGGGCGUUUGGAGCCCACAAUCUAUUCAACAGUGCGAUGAUUUUAGGGAUCAUUGCGGUUAAAAACCCUCAUUCGUCGCAGGCUGGUGCUAUCCUGGAAGACCUGGAAGCGUACUGCGAAAACCUGCAUCGAGACCCCUGGUUGAACGAAUUUGGUAUGGCGGAGCUAAAGGUAAUCGAGCUUUGUAUUGCAAAGGCCAGGGACUCCAGAUGUACUUCGAUGAGUGUUUAUGCAUCUGGUUCUCCAGCGGAGCCUGUUAGCACCAGAACCAGCACUGUAGAUGGUUCUGCGCGUAUACGACCCCCCGACUUGGAAUCUCCGGCCAUGUCUUCGGAUAUGAGCUCCAUAUAUUGGCCAACUGUUUGGGAGGAUAACCAGUUUUCAUUUCCUGGUGCGGCAGACUUUAGCACUUGGGAGCAGAUGAUAUCAGACAUUGCGGAAGAUAGCUAUAUUGGGCAAUAA